GCGUAGCGGCGGGCAGAGUGUCUCCACCCCCGAAUUGAACGAGGAUGCAUAAGCGCCUGGCACAACGCUCUGCAGCAUUACGGGGCGGCGUCGGCGGGGGUGGCUGUCGCAGCCGAGCUUCGCGUUUAUCGGGCUGCGAUGGGCGUGCCUUGUUCUGCCUUAGCGUGUCCGUGGGCGGGCAGCGGUGCGCUCGCUUGGGAGAGAGCCCGGUCCGAGCGACGGGCUGCGAAGGGUGGAGGUGGAGUGCGCGCGGUGGCGGCCAAGACGAGCGUCCGGCAGGAUUGCCUUUCGCGGCAGACCCGCUCUGCAACGCCCGGCUGCGCCACUGUUCUACCCUUCCCUCUCUCGUCAUGCAACCGCCGCGUGAUCCUAAUCGUAUGUCGCUCCACCCAGGGCCACCCUCAAACCAUUUUCGUGCGCUUCGUCGCGAACAAAGGAAGUUCGCAGGUAUAUAAGCCAUGCUCGUCCUGCCAGCCCUCCCCCGUGCAACUCCAUCUUCUCCGGCCGUUGUCCACCAUGUCCAUGUCGCCCUCCCCCGCAUCGAGCGCAAGCGGCCACGCCUCCGUCUCCGAGAAGGGCCACAAGGAGACCGUUCGCACUUAUGGCGCAGAAAUGGACGCAGAGAUCCGCGCCCAUGCUCCCGCUCUGCGAGGCAGACGACUGACGGCCGCGCUUGCCUUCGUCGCGGGCACGGGGUUCACGCUGUUUGGUUACGACCAGGGUGUCAUGUCUGCCCUGCUCACAGCGAACCAGUUCGAGAGCACGUUUCCUCAGGUCAAGACAGGUGAUGGUCAACCAAGCAACCACGCGACGCUCCAAAGUUUCAUCGUCGCCAUCUACGAAAUCGGCUGUCUUGUCGGCGCCUUGUCCAACCUCUGGCUCGGCGACAGACUUGGUCGGAGGAAGACCAUUGUCCUCGGAGGGAUCAUCAUGAUCAUUGGGGCCAUCCUCCAGACGACUUCGUUCAGUUACUCGCAGAUGAUUGUUGCCCGUAUUGUCACUGGUCUCGGUAAUGGUUUGAAUACGUCAACUGUGCCAUCAUACCAUGCCGAGUGCUCCCCAGCAGCCAAGCGCGGAAGUUUUAUCAUGAUUGAAGGCAGUCUAAUUACCUUUGGUAUCAUGAUUUCAUAUUGGAUAGACUUUGCGUUCUACUGGCUCACUGGCUCCUCUGCGCAAUGGAGAGUGCCAAUUGCGCUGCAAAUUCUCCUGGCUGUCAUGAUGGUCGGCGGUAUUUUCUUCCUCCCCGAGUCUCCUCGAUGGCUAGCCAAGCACGGGCGUAACGCCGAAGCACUCGCAGUCAUCGCGGCUCUCGAGAACAAGGAUUACACGGCCGAGUCGGUGCAGCUUACCUAUCAUGGUAUCCGCGAGGCCCUCGCAGCCGAAGGAACCAACUCGCCAGCGCGGUCUCCUAUCCGCGAGGUGUUCACGAACGGCCGCUCGCAGAACUUCCGUCGUGCAUGCAUCGGCGUCGUGAACCAGUGCUUCCAGCAGAUCUCUGGUAUUAACCUUAUUACUUAUUAUGCUACGCUUCUCUUCCAACGCCUCGGCAUCAACGACGUGAACUCCCGCAUCAUCGCAGCGGCGAACGGCACCGAGUACUUCCUCGCCAGUAUCAUCGCCAUUUUCCUCAUCGACCGGGUGGGCCGUCGGCCACUCAUGCUCUUCGGCUCGAUCGGACAGAUGGCGACCAUGAUUAUCCUCGCCGUCUUGGGGUCUGUCGAUUCCUCAGGCGCAAAGGUGGCAUCGGCUGUCUUCCUCUUCGUCUUCAACUCGUUCUUCGCGAUCGGCUGGCUCGGUAUGACUUGGCUCUACCCCGCUGAGAUCGUCGGUCUCCGCAUUCGUGCGCCUGCGAACGCGUUCAGCACGGCAUCGAACUGGAUCUUCAACUUCGUUGUUGUCAUGGUUACGGGGCCUGCAUUCAACAGCAUCGGCUGGAAGACUUACAUCGUGUUCGCCGCCCUGAACGCGUUCAUCAUCCCUAUCGUCUACUUCUUCUUCCCCGAAACUGCCGGUCGUUCUCUGGAAGACAUGGACGUCAUCUUCGCUCUCGCGUACAAUGAGGGCGUCUCACCGGUCGGGGUCUCACUUCGCAAGGACGUGCCGGCUGCAGGCACGCCAGAGGCCGACGAGAUCCUCGGCGUGCGCUCCAGACGAUCAAGCACAAGCAAGGAGGAAGUUGAGCGAAACAAAGAGUAGACGGGAUCUACGACCUAAAUCGAGAUGAGUGAGACGACACCAUCUCCUUGUAGUACUACAACCACCGCACUGCACUCCACGAUACCGCAGCGAGUUUCAAUACCCAUGAAUCUCAUGAAUGCUAUCUCAUGUACUACGCAACCACGAUCCACUAGCUAUCGCAAUGUAAUAAAGCUGUCUUGUUUUGCCCGUA